AGAAAAUUUUGGGUCCUUCUUUUUCCAGGUCUAUUCAAAAUGGCAGGUGCCCCCAGAAAGUACUCUAAGACCUCCAAGGUUCCAAAGCGUCCUUUUGAGUCCGAACGUAUCGAUGCUGAACUUAAGCUCAUCGGUGAGUUCGGUCUCAAGAACAAGCGUGAGGUCUGGCGUGUCGGUUACACCCUCUCCAAGAUUCGUCGUGCUGCUCGUGAGCUUCUUAAGCUCGACGAGAAGGACCCCCGUCGUCUUUUCGAGGGUAACGCUCUCAUUCGUCGUCUUGUCCGUAUUGGUGUGCUCGAUGAGUCCCGUAUGAAGCUCGAUUACGUCUUGGGUCUUAAGAUUGAAGAUUUCUUGGAGCGUCGUCUCCAGACCCAGGUCUUCAAGCUCGGUCUUGCCAAGUCCAUUCACCACGCUCGUGUCCUCAUCCGUCAGCGUCACAUCCGUGUUGGCAAGCAAAUCGUCAACAUCCCCUCUUUCAUUGUUCGUUUGGACUCCCAAAAGCACAUUGACUUCGCUUUGACCUCCCCCUAUGGUGGUGGCCGUGCUGGUCGUGUCAAGAGAAAGAGAGCCAAGUCUUCCGGUGGUGACAACGAGGAGGAGGAAGAUGAAGAGUAAAUUCUUUCCCUGGCACUGAAUGCAAUUAAGCUAGCUAAAAGUUAAAGAGUCUUGCACUUUUUUUGUUCCAAAAUAAAACAAAAGCGAAUCUUUGAAUUUCUGCUGUACCAAGAAAGUCACCAUGUGUCA